AGACGCGCUCAUUAAAACCUACAAUCAUCGGUCCCUCACAGCUCAUUUAACCAGUCUGCCUCCUCUCGAAGAGCUUUACCGUCACUCACUGUUAAAGUCCGCUCGCCAGAGAACCUUUAACGCGUCGGGAGAGUUUGGAUAAAUGGGUCCCUUCUGUAUUGUGCUUUUCUCUUUGUGCGGGGUCCUGCAGGCACAAGAGGUCACAGAUUCGAUCUCGCUGGACAAAUGCUGUAAAGAUGGCAAGGAGAGAGGCCAAGAGUCGCAGGACUGCACGAGUCUUCCACUCAUCUCAGAAUCCACAACCUGCAGGAUAGCCCAAGAACAGUGUUGUGCUGCGGUACUUGAAGACAACACCUGUACCAAUGGCAUCAACAUGGCGAAAGACCAGGGAAGCUGCCACGCCCUCAUGUCUGGCAGUACCUGCGAAACGAAGACAGCUAAGAUGUGCUGCGAGUGUUGUUUGCUUGGCCGGGCGGCCCAGGAACGGGGUCUGUCAUGUGACCUCAGUCUCCCCGUGGGGUAUCAGUGUGGUCUGGUGUCCCGAGCAUGCUGCGUGGACCGCUCGCCGGACAGUGACGGAAAGUCUACACUGGUUAUAGAUGCAACUUCACAGGGUGCAAUACCGAUUGCAGAGGACAAGUGCAAAGCUGCCAGUUGUGCUCAUCGAUGUGUUGGUAACGGCACAUGCGCUUGUAUUGAGGGACACAAGUUGAAAGCCGAUGGAAAAACCUGUGAAGACAUUAACGAGUGUUUGUUGGGGUCUCAUCACUGUCGUGCUGGUGAACGUUGUAUCAACACGAUGGGCUCCUAUCGUUGUCAGCGAGAGGUCAGCUGUGGCACAGGUUACGAACUCACUGACAACAACAAGUGUGAAGAUAUUGAUGAAUGUGAGACGGGCACACACAACUGCGCUCUAGAACUCCAGUGUCAGAAUACUGUCGGGUCGUUCCGAUGCCGACCCAAAGUGCAGUGCAGCGCAGGAUUCAUACAGGACGCACUCGGGAGCUGCAUCGAUAUAAACGAGUGUUUAAGUGUAACCGGACCAUGUCAACCAGGUCAGAUGUGUUUUAAUACAGUCGGAUCGUACACAUGCCAGAGAAACACGGUUAACUGUGGCCGUGGAUACCACCUGAAUGCAGAGGGAACUCGCUGCAUUGAUAUUGACGAGUGUGCUGGACCUGAUAACGCCUGCGAUGGUCACGGCUGCAUUAAUCUUGUGGGCUCAUACCGCUGCGAGUGCCGAUCCGGUUACACCUUCAAUAGCAUCGCCAGAGUCUGUGAAGACAUCAAUGAAUGCAGGAAUUAUCCUGGACGUCUAUGUGCUCAUAAGUGUGAGAAUGUCCUGGGAUCCUACAAAUGUAGCUGUACUACUGGCUUCAAGCUAGCCAGUGAUGGGAGAAACUGUGAUGAUCUCAAUGAGUGCGAGACGAAUCCCUGCAGUCAGGAGUGUGCAAACGUGUAUGGAUCCUACCAGUGUUACUGUCGCCGUGGUUACCAGCUAAGUGACGUGGAUGGAAUCACUUGUGAGGAUAUUGAUGAGUGUGCUCUGCCCACUGGUGGACACAUCUGCUCUUACCGAUGUCACAACACACCGGGAAGCUUCCAGUGCACGUGUCCAGUGACAGGAUACACGCUCGCCCCCAAUGGACGCAGCUGCCAGGAUAUCGAUGAGUGUGUAACCGGCACACACACCUGUAUGGAGUCCGAGAGCUGUUUCAAUGUUCAGGGUGGAUUCCGGUGCCUGAAAUUCGACUGCCCGGCCAACUACAGACGCUCCGGAGAAACCAGGCCAAGGGUCGACCGUGCAGAUAUCAUUCGUUGUGUGAAGUCCUGCCAACCCAAUGACAUUUCUUGCGUACUCAAUCCCAUCCUCUCCAUUUCCCACACGGCCAUCUCGCUCCCCACCUUCAGAGAAUUCACCAAACCAGAAGAAAUCGUAUUCCUGAGAUCCCCGACUCCUUCACACUUCCCUCACAUGGACUCGCCAGAGAUCGUCUAUGACAUUCUAGAAGGAAACAUCCAGAACUCCUUCGACAUCGUCAAGCGUCUCGAACAUGGCAUGAUCGUGGGUGUGGUGAGACAGGUGAAGCCGUUGGUUGGUCCUUUGAGCACCAUACUGAAGUUGGCCAUGAACUACGUCACAAACGGGGUCGUUUCUCACCGGAACAUCAUCAACGUUCACAUCUAUGUGUCUGAAUUCUGGUUUUAAAAAUGUCCCCCUGAGACUUUCUGUUCUAAUACUUUAGGUGUCCAUUUAUGAAAGUAUCAAUUCACCUUUGAGUCCCCCAAAACAUGUUCUAGCAAUGUUCUGAAUGAUUGCAGUGUAAAAGAAAAUGUAAAUUCUGUACAGCCUGACAAACAGCUACAAUUCAGACAAACUAAUUGAAACCUAAAGGAAUAAUGCACACACAAAUUCAAAUUUUGCUUUCACUUACCCAAAUAUUGUUCCAAACCCAUGACAUAUACAGUACAUUUAACUAUACGUAAUCAUUUGUGCAUUUGGCAGACACAUUUAUCGAAAGCAACUUAAAAUGCAUUCAAGGUAUAAAUAUAUAUAUUUUUAAUCAGAUAGUAGACGAUAUAUAUAUAUAUAUAUAUAUAUAUAUAUAUAUAUACACACACUGGCAGCCAAACGUUUGGAAUGAUGUUCAGAUUUUGCUCUUUCGGAAGAAAACUGGUACUUUAAUUCACCAAAGUGGCAUUCAACUGAUCACAUAGUAUAGUCAGGACAUUACUGAUGUAAAAAACAGCACCAUCACUAUUUGAAAAAAGUCAUUUUUGAUCAAAUCUAGACGGCAGCCAUCACUCCAACACCUUAUCCUUGAGUAAUCAUGCUUAAUUGAUCAUUUGAUACUAGAAAAUCACUUGCCAUUAUAUCAAACACAGCUGAAAGCUAUUUGGUUCAUUAAAUGAAGCUUAACAUUGUCUUUGUGUUUGUUUUUGAGUUGCCACAGUAUGCAAUAGACUGGCAUGUCUUAAGGUCAAUGUUAGGUAAAAAUGGUAAAAAAGAAACAGCUUUCUCUAGAAACUCAUCAUUCAAUCAUUGUUUUGAGGAAUGAAGGUUAUACAAUGCUUGAAAAAGAUUUCAUACAAAGGUGUACACUACAGUCUUCAAAGACAAAGGACAACUGACUCUAACAAGGACAGAAAGAGAUGUGGAAGACCAGAUGUACAACUAAACAAGAGGAUAAGUACAUCAGAGUCUCUAGUUUGAGAAAUAGACGCCUCACAUGUCCUCAGCUGACAGCUUCAUUGAAUUCUACCCGCUCAACACCAGUUUCAUGUACAACAGUAAAGAGAAGACUCAGGGGUGCAGGCCUUAUGGGAAGAAUUGCAAAGAAAAAGCCACUUUUGAAACAGAAAAACAAAAAGAAAAGGUUCGAGUGGGCAAAGAAACACAGACAUUGGACAACAGAUAAUUGGAAAAGAGUGUUAUGGAUCUUAACCCCAUUGAGCUUUUGUGGGAUCAGCUAGACCAGGGGUCGGGAACCUUUUUUCAUGAAGGGGCCAAUUUUUUAAUUUUUGGUUGAUGCAUUUUUUUCAAAAGAGUCAUAGCACAAACUAAUAAUUUACUAUUUUCAACAAAAGUUUUUCAAUAAAAUAAAAUGUUUAUUAUGCCCAUAGACUACUCAAAAACAAUCAAAUAUGCAAAAAUGAAUAGGUAACAUGUUGCAAUAUGGAACUGAGUACACGUGUUUGUGCGGGUCUCCAUAAAAUUACUUAAUUUUACAAUUGAUCAUGAAAAAUUUAACUUACAACUGCAAACUGCAAAAAUGCAAACUCACAGCACCUCCUGAGAUGAUCGGAGAUCAUUUGCAGCAUUCUCAUAGACAAUAUUAUUCUUGCAAACAGUUUUCAGUUGAAUGAAACAGAGAAAAAGGAGUGAUAACUCUUUACAUGCACUUGUUCCACGAGACAGGGUCUCGCUGCACGCCUCUGAACAAACAGCGGAUCAGACACGAGCAUUGACGGCUAUUCUGUUCUUAUAUGAUCAAAUAUAAUAAAGUUUCUUCAAGCGCGUGUCUUUGUGACUAACAGCAUUUCUUGUCAUGUGUCACUCCGAGACGUCUUACAGGUCACCCACCUGUUGCAGGUAUGAGCAACAUUACUCACACAUGAAAUACCUGCAUAUGAGUGAGGAGCUCGCAAACUGGAUUGAGCCUCGUCGCAUUUUGCAGGUAGUGGGUGCUAUUUCACACCCUGGGCGCACAUAAACAAAUAACGAACAUUCAUAAAAUAGUUAUUGGGAAAUGAGGCCCAGAACUCUAUGCAUGUGCGCGUCUUGGAGAAGCGCUUUCAUUGCACUUGUGAACAGCAGAGCUCAAUGCGCACACAUUUCAAAUCAGACGUGCAUCGGUGGCUUUUCUUUAAUCUGUUCUUCAAAAUAUAAUCACACAUGUUUCGUCAUACACGCGUCUUUGUGUCUAAUUUCUUGUAAUAUAUCACUCCAAGAAGUCUUACAGGUCGCCUUCCACAGUGGCAUCAGCAAAAUACUCCGCAUGAAAAAUCCACAUUUGGCGGGUGUUCAUUUCAAACCUUGUUCACCAGGAGUAGGCUGUACGACAAAUUCGGGAGAAAGGAAAUCAAAACUGUGUCAUUGUGUCAUUGACUUCAGGCUUUGCAAUCGCACCCACACUUUCUGCAGGAAAAUGAUCUCUAGAAAGUUUUAAACGAUCAUGUGUUGGUGAAAGAAUUGUGAGACACCCGGCGAGCCACUUGAUUUUUAACAAAGAGCCACUUGUGGCUCACGAGACAUAGGUUCCCGACCCCUGAGGUAGACUGUAAGGUGCGUGAGAAGUGCCCGACAAGACAGCCACAUCUAUGGCAAGUGCUACAGGAAGUGUGGGGUGAAAUGUCACCUGAGUAUCUGGACAAACUGACCGCUAGAAUAACAAGGAUCUGCAAAGCUGUUACUGCUGCACAUGGAGGAUUUUUUGAUGAGAACUCUUUGAAGUAGUUUAAGAAGUUCUGAACAUUUUAUUCAAAUUAUAAUAGUAAUUUUUCACGUUAUUAAUGUCCUGACUAUAAAAUGUGAUCAGUUGAAUGCCACUUUGGUGAAUUAAAGUACCAAUUUCUUUCCAUAAGAGCAAAAUCUGUACUUUAUUCCAAAAUCUAUUCCGAUAGUUGCCUAUUUCAAAUAUAUUCCCUAUUUUUAUUCCUUAUCAAUAAAUCUGAUCUGGUGAAAUAUAUACAUACAAAACUCUUCAUCUGCUGAAAAUAUAGGCUUUAAAAAGCUACAUUUGGUAAAUACUUGCAUAUUGAGCAUUAUAACAGACCCAAGUCUCUAUCAUUUCAAAAUAAGAGUCCUUGGUGUGUUUCCGGCUUGUUUAUAGUCAAAAGUCCUGCGUUAUGCACCAUAUCUGCUUUUGGUAUUUUAUAUAUUUUUCUAGAAAUUGAUUUUAAAAAACUAUUGGCCGAUUAAUUGGUUAUCUGCCAUUUCCAACAACUUAGGUAUCGGUAUCGGCAAAAUCAGCUAUUGCUCGACCUCUAUCAGGUAGUGUGUUCGCUAGGAAUUGACCCUAGCAUUGGUUUACCAGUUGAGUUACAUGAACCCCAUUAAUUGUGUUUGACAGUAUUUAAAUGGACACCUAAAAUGAAUGAUUUCCAUCUUUUAACCAGCCACACAAGUUUUAAAAGAGGAACAUGACAAUAGGAUAUUCAAGAAUGUUGCAUGCUGGGACUGAUGCCCUGCUUUAGAUGCCACCCUGUUUAAAUCGGUGGGAAGACACAAUUUGCUGCUCUAAUGCUUUUUAUUAUAGAAUGAAAAAGCAUGUUAUUUUUUUUCUUAUUUUCUACUGGUUUCCUCUUUAGCUGCUUUUAAGAGUUGGACUGAAGGUGUUUCUAUGAAUUGAUGUGAGCUCAUCUUUUAUAGAGCUGAAGAAAUGAAUGUGGAGUUGAUGACUCGACACUGAUUGUAUGCUUGUACACACUCUGCAUUCCAUAAUGUAUUGUAUGCAUCACAGACUGUGUCAUUAAAAUUUUUUUUUAGA